GGAAGAGGGUCAGAGCAAUAUACACUAGAGGGUCCCGCAGAUACUAUACUACACUAUACUAUGCAGUAUCGACGCUACCCAGUGCCACUGGGUAGCGUCAGUGGGUGGGGUUGGUGUUUUGUCGGAAUCUCCGAGCUGAAUGGCCUUCUCCCCCAACGUUUGAAACUCGCUCUGAAGAAGAGAUUGACGUGUGAGACCGAUAACCGGCGAUCGACCUCGGCAAGCAUGGAGUGGACAUCGUAUCUCACCUACCCGACGGUGGUCGCAGCCAUCGCCGUCGUUGCCCUAACGCGUAUUGCUUGGCAGGUAACCCAGAACGUGCUUUUCUCACCGAUCCCCGCAUCCGUCCCAGGGCCUCUCGCCGCGAGGUUGACGAGCAAAUGGAUCCUACUUGUUGAUCUGUCGGGCUCGCGGGCGCGCACCGUCAACGCGCUGCACAAGAGAUAUGGGCCAGUUGUACGCGUGGCCCCCAACGAGCUCUCCUUCAGCUCCAUCGACUGCGUCAAGCCCAUCUACGGCGCCGGCACCACCUGCAUCAAGUCGUCGGCGUAUGAUAACUUUGGGCGGCUGGGCUCCUUCCAGAUGCAGGAUCCGGAGCAGCAUCGCCAGAGGCAGAAGCGCGUCGCGCAUAUAUUUGCCCCUGCCUCGCUGCAGCACAUGGAGCCCUUGAUCCAGUCUGUCAUUGACAGGGUCCUGAGCGCCAUCGGAAAGAGGAUCGGGAACCCUGUGGAUGCUCUGCAUUGGUGCCGGAUGACUGCACUGGAUGUGUCCGGCGAGGUCCUGCUGGGAAAGCCGUUCGGUGCCUUUGACGGCGAUGGAGAAGCUCCGGCCUACGUCCACCACCUCGAUAAUGCGUAUCUGGUAUGGUCCUUAUAUGGUCUUGCACCACUACUAUGCGGAAUGCUCGCUCUCCUGCCCAUCAAAUCGCUGCGAGAAUUCAUGGCUGCCGGAGACUACGUGUACAAAUACGGUGACGACGCCAUGAAGGAGUAUCUCAAGCUGUACGGCCGCAAGUCAAGCCGUCGCUCGUUACUCACCAAGAUCAUCGCGGGAGAUCCCGCCACGGGCACCGAGCCCCUGUCCGAUCCGGAGAUCAGUGUUGAGGUGUCCAAUCUUGUCUUCGCCGCGACCGACACCACCGGGAACACCAUGACUUAUGCGUUGUAUCGUCUCUGUUGCCAUCCAGAGUGGCAGGAGAAGCUGCGUGCCGAGAUUCGAAAUUCGGGAGCAAGGGAGGCCGGUUUUUCCUUCCAGUCAUUGCAGUCCCUGCCGGUCCUGAACGGGGUAGUGAUGGAGACGCUUAGAUUGCAUCCGGCUGCUCCCAGCGCCUUACCCAGGGUCACGACAGGCAGCGGGUGCGACAUUGGUGGACUCUGGGUACCUGGAAAGACGCUCGUCUCCAUGCAAGCCUUCACAACCCAGCGAGACCCAACCUAUUUCCCCGAACCGGAAAAAUUCGAUCCAAACAGGUGGAUUUCGGAUGGUGCCAUCAACUCUGGAACUCAGGAAGUUCGCGACAUGAUGCUUGUCUGGGGCAAGGGGUCUCGCAUCUGCCUCGGCCAGCACAUGGCAACUAUGGAGAUUAAGAUUCUGCUCGCGAGGAUGAUCGAGGUGUUUGAAGUUCGGCUACAGGGAGAGCAAACCCAUGAUGACAUGGAGAUGACGGAUCAUUUUACUCUCAUUCCCAAGGGCAAGAAGUGUGGUCUGGUGUUCACCAAGGUGCAGGGCUGAUCGAGGAAGCGAAUGCUGGAUAGUUGACACGAUUUAAGCUGGUGAAGGAGAUACCCCAUAGCGUACUUGUGACAGCUUGAUGUCUAGGGGGAUAAUUACUUGUCUGAGAGAUUGUUGCAUGGUAUUCGUAGUUUUAUUCAGAUAAUUGCAGCCCCUGCCAAAUGUGGUUUGUCGUAUUUUAAACUUCCAG